AUUGGACUCGAUUGGUUCGAGGCUCUGGGAAUCCAGGUAACUGGGCUGCACCAUUUGCAAACGUUGAGCCUUGCAGACGUCUACAAGGAGUUUGCAGAUGUGUUUAGUUCAGAGCUAAGAUCCUACAAGGGGCCCCCCAUUGCGCUACGGUUGGACCCAACUAUCACGCCCAUCAGGGUUAAGCCUAGAAGGGUACCUUUUGCCCUCAAAGGUAAAAUAGAUGCUGAGCUUUACAAAUUGCUCCAGCAGGGCAUCUUAGAACCUGUGGAUUCUAGUCCAUGGGAAACCCCCAUAGUAAUGCCUCUAAAGGCUAAUGGGGAAAUACGUAUAUGUGCAGAUUACAAGUGUACACUGAAUAAGGCAUUGCAACAGCACGCUUAUCCAGUUCCUGUUGUAAGCCACAUCCUGGCCUCCCUCAAGGGGGGGCGCAUCUUUGCGAAACUUGACCUGGCACAGGCCUAUCAACAGCUACCUGUUGAUGAGGCAGCUGCAGAGGCCCAGACUAUUGUAACUCACAGGGGGGCCUUCAAGGUCAAGAGACUGCAAUUUGGGGUAAAUGUAGCCCCUGGCAUAUUCCAAAGUGUAACGGAGAGCACACUUCGAGGUAUUCCUGGGGUCUGCCCCUACUUUGAUGAUGUCCUCAUUGCUGGGGGGUCAUCUCAAAAUUUAGCAGAAAGGUUAAGGGCUGUCUUGCUUUGUUUCCGAAAAGCAGGCCUUAAAUUAAAGCAGGAUAAAUGUAAGAUAGGAGUCGCUUCAACUGAAUUCUUGGGCUUCAGGAUUGAUGCCCAAGGCAUUCGCCCUGCUGAAGACAAACUGCUAGCUAUUCAGCAGGCCCCAAGUCCAAAGUCCAAGAGUGAGUUACAAGCCUUCUUGGGACUUUUGAAUUUCUACCAUGCAUUUCCCCCACAUAAGGCUGCUGUGGCCUUGCUCACUUCUAAUGCUGUUUUAGCGCAUUUCAAUGAGCAACUGCCUGUUUGCAUCGCAUGCGAUGCAUCUCCUUAUGGAGUGGGAGCAGUACUUAGUCAUCUGAAGGCUGAUGGGACACAAGUCCCUGUGGCCUAUUAUUCAAGGACUCUGUCAUCUGCAGAGCGGAAUUACGCUCAGAUUGACAGAGAGGCCUUGGCAAUAGUGGCUGGCAUUAAGAAAUUCCAUUAUUUCUUAUAUGGCCGCCACUUCACGGUCUAUACAGACCAUAAGCCUCUGCUGGGGUUGUUUACAACCAACAAACAGACACCUCAUAUCAUUUCUCCUCGUAUGCUGAGAUGGUCCAUUUUCCUGUCAGCAUAUGACUACACUCUAGUUCACAAACCUGGUAAAGAGAUGGGCCAUGCAGAUGGCCUAAGAUGGCCUGACACGUGUCCAGAUGCGACAUUUCAAAGGUUCUGGCAAAGGAGAAACGCACUGUCUACCUUCAAUGGGUGCCUAUUAUGGGGGAGUAGAGUAGUUAUUCCUGCCUCACUGAGGUCUAGGAUCUUGUCCUCACUGCAUGAGGGUCAUCCCGGAAUUGUGCGCAUGAAAGCGCUUGCGCGCAGCCAUCUUUGGUGGCCUGGGCUUGAUAAGGCUAUCGAAGCUCAGGUGCACGGGUGCCAAGUGUGCCAACAAUCAUGGCCUGACAUGCCUCAGGCCCCAGUACACAGGUGGGGGGAGACGCACACCCCUUGGUCACGGGUACAUUUAGAUUAUGCUGGGCCCUUCCAGGGGCAAUUCUUCCUUAUCCUUGUGGAUAGCCAUUCCAAGUGGCUAGAGGUUGUACCUGUCUCCUCCACUACUACUGCCAGGACCAUCCAGGUGUUAAGAGGAAUCUUUGCAACCCAUGGCCUUCCAGAUGUGCUUGUCUCUGACAAUGGCCCUCAAUUUACAUCUUGUGAGUUCCAGGCUUUUCUUCAGGCCAACCUGAUCCAGCAUGCAACAUCUGCUCCCUUUUACCCUUCCACCAACGGGCAAGCGGACAGAAUGGCCGCAAAUGAGCCUGUCUCUGAGACAGUCUUCCAGGUCAAGGAACUCACAUUGGCACGAAGCUUGGCAAAGGGCUGCCACAAACUCUGCUGCAGAUUCCCCGGAUCUCUGCUCACGUUGCUCAAAUGCAUGGCACCAGGCGAUUACUGA